AUGUCUAUCAACAUCUGCAGAGACAACCAUGAUCCCUUUUACCGUUAUAAGAUGCCUCCCAUCCAGGCCAAGGUGGAAGGUAGAGGUAACGGUAUCAAGACCGCUGUUUUAAACGUUUCCGAUAUUGCAAGAGCAUUAAACAGACCAACAACCUACAUUGUUAAGUACUUUGGGUUUGAAUUAGGUGCUCAGACAUCUAUUAUGAUAGAUGCAGAUCGUUAUUUGGUUAACGGUGUUCACGAACCAGCCAAAUUGCAAGACGUUUUAGACGGUUUCAUCAGCAAGUUCGUUUUAUGUGGUAGUUGUAAGAAUCCUGAAACUGAAAUUUCCAUCACAAAAGAUAGCGACCUGGUUAGGGACUGUAAAGCAUGUGGUAAGAGAACGCCGAUGGAUCUAAGACACAAGUUAUCAUCAUUUAUUCUCAAGAAUCCACCUGAAUCUAUCGGUGGUAACAAGAAGAAGAAGAAGGCAGCUACUGCAUCAGCCAAUGUGCGUGGUGGUGGUGUUUCCAUCAGUGAUAUUGCUCAGGGUAAAUCUCAGUCUUCUAACAUGGAUGCGGAUGAAGAUGAAGAUGAAUUAGCACGCCAAAUUAAGGCUGCUGCAUCUACCUUGGAGAAAAUUGAAGUGAAAGAUGAUGAAUGGGCUGUUGAUAUGUCUGAAGAAGCCAUUAGACAACGUGCAAAGGAAUUACAAGUCAGUGCUGACGUACUAACAGAUGAUAUGGGUAAGCUUGAAGAAUUUGGUGAAUGGAUUCUAAAUUCAAAUUCCGAAGGUGCAGGCAAAUUACCAUCUGAUGUGGAAAUUUUCAAAAAGGCUGCAGAGAUGGAUAUUCUAAAGGACUCCAAAAUGGCAUGUGUCCUUGCACAAUGUAUGUUUGAUGAGAAUAUAGUUGAAGAAAUCACACAACAUGCACCUUUCUUAACCAAAGUGUUAGUUUCUCAAGAUUAUGAAAAGGAAUUCCUUGGUGGUUUGGAAAGAUUAUUGGGUCUACAGCAUAAGAAGUUAAUUCCUACACUACCCAAGAUCUUAGUGCAACUAUACAACAACGAUAUCGUUUCUGAAGAAGAAAUCAUCAAAUUCGGUACUAAGUGCUCCAAGAAGUACGUCCCCAAGGAUGUGUCCAAGAAAGUCCGUAAAGCAGCUAAACCAUUCAUAACGUGGCUACAGACGGCAGAAUCUGACGAUGAAGAUGAAGAAGAAGAUGAGGAAUGA